UUCAACUCUCGCUGCUACGCAAAUUGUCCAUUAGGCUAAUUACGCAAACAUUUGUGAAUUUACUUAUCCAAAAGAUUGAAACGCAAACCUCUUGUUGAACUCGAAAAUCCGUUGAUUGAUGGCCGCAUUGUUCGGAUUUGUCAGUUGCGCCAUGGCCAUGCAAAAGCGUUUGUCUGGGCACCCAGAAUGGAUUCGGAUUACACCUGGACUUGGAACUCUGGACCGUAGACUGCGCAGAGCAAACAGAUUAUUUUCAUAAAUUAGACUUUAUUAAUGAUUAAGAAGACAGCUUUCGAGACGGGAUAGCCAAGAAAAGUUGAAGGACAACGGGUGCGCCUGCCAAACGGGGUUGGGCUGGUAUUUCUAUAUCCUUAAAGGAUGCGGCUGAGGACCUACGAAACUGGACAGUGGUCAGCGCAUUGGUCAGUCACGCACGUAAUUUUGGUAUUACCCCUUCGGGACGAUAGCUCGCAACGGGAUAGGCAGAGUUCAGAGGUCACCACCGUACUUUUUCCCGUUUCUUCUCACAGUCCGAGCAGCAGGAAACUUAAGACGUUUUCACGUUGAAUUCUAAUGAUUUUUGUAUUCAAAUGCGGAUUGCUCCAACCAGUUUGGGCAGUUCCCUUACCACCCAAGGGAGUGUCCACUGAAUGGCAAGGCGCGCAUCCUGCUGACGGCAGGAUUGGCCCAACGUCCAUCGGUCAAGCUGUGUGCGAAUCCCAUCCAAAAUGGCCAAUGUCCCAUGUUCGGAUGUCGCUUUUAUUACUGCCAACUCUUUUUGUUCGAUGGCCUCGACAAAGGGGUCAAUUCGAAAGGGCAACAGUUGAUGUUCAGGGCGCAUGAGUUGAGUCCUGAAAUGGGUGGCCAUUUUGUAGCGAACACCAACGGAAUUAAAUGUAUCUAAAUACGGAAAAGCUUUAGUUGUCUUCAGAAAAUAGUUGAUUUUGUAGAAAACUAGCAAUUAUGAUAUCCGGUGUGGAAGUAAUUUCCCUUCGAAGAAAUAAACCCAUCAAAUGAACUUUGUCCGUUGACUCGUGGUGACCAUUAAACACUUUUUAUAAUUUUCUUUAAACGGUAUUGUGUUUAUAUCACCUCUACGCUAGAAUUGUCCCCUCUUUUAGUGUUUUUUAACUGCUGGCCCAACGCUCUUUUAAUGGCCUCCACUUGACCAGGCCACCUUAGUUGGUUUGUUGACACCUGCAGCUCUAUUUCGUCUUUUUUUGAGAUCAUAAGAAAAAUCAUAGCUUUCCACUUCUUGCUGCAUGGACUUAAACUUUGAACUAAGCCGACUAUAACUGACACUCAAAAUUCAUAUACAGGUAGUGCGACUCCGGAAGUUUCCGCGCUCGUUAAAACCCUCAAUUUAAUGAAGAUAAAUCGUAGUUGGUUUUCAAGAACUAAAGAACGAAAAAAUCUGGGAGAAUGGGAAACUGUUUUGGUUUGAAAUUUCACCUCUUGACAUUGGUACUGGGAUGUACUGGGAUGAACUACCCAGCAACGGUGACAUUUAAAUUAAUAAACUGCCAGCGAGUUUGGGCCGUAACAGGCGCGUAACUGCAGUCAAUUAUUCGGCCGAAAAUAUCCUGUUUCCAGCAUCCAGUUUCCACAUCGGCAGCAUCACCAUCAUCAUCAUUAUUAUUAACACUUUCCACGGCUAUGGACUCGCCACUUGAACUUGGUGCGGCAUUGGCUCGGGUUGUUCCUCUUUUAUUGUGUUUUUGUAAUGCUAUAUAAUUACACCAUCAAGUUGACUGAUGACACGGAAUGAAUCUUUGUCGCUCCCUUACAUAACAUAACACUCGCACACCCGGUAUUUGCAUAAAAUCACAAUUUCUCUUCGCACCAACCCGAGGGAAACCCUUGCCCGGUUUAGGGAUAUGUGUGCUGUGUCGCUAGUUUUUCACUUUCCCU